AGGAAAUAUAUCAUGCAUACGCGCAUUCUUGCUGCGCUAGUGCUGUGGCUGGAGCUUGUAGACUCCAUGCCGGCUGCUUACUGUCGUCAUAUGUCAUCGUGCCCAGGUUGGUUCUGGAUCUCACCGACAAACCUUCACGGGGCAGACUAAAUAAUGAAGCUAUAUCCUACCAACCUCAAUCCCAUCCACUUUUACAUCGAUCAACUCCAAUUCCUCCCUCGUCCCGUACUCCUCACCUGUCACCUCGAUUAUUCUGCCCCUGGGCUCCGCAGUAAACCCCGUUUUCUAUCCAGUAUCCCCCAAUUUGAGACCAUCGGCCGCCAUCGCAAUGCCUAUAGCGCCCCGCCGAAAGCCGUCCCGAAAGGGGUCAAUGGCUGAUAUGCCCAAGGACAUGCUUGAACAGCUCAAGACACUAGAAGAGCUCUUCACAGUUGACCAGGCGAAGCUUAAGGAGAUUGUUGAACAUUUCAUCAAAGAGCUACGGAAGGGCCUCAGCGUCGAAGGCGGAAACAUUCCUAUGAAUGUCACCUGGGUCUUGGGAUUUCCCACUGGCCAUGAAAAGGGCACAUUCCUCGCCCUGGACAUGGGAGGCACCAAUUUGCGUGUCUGCGAAAUCGAGCUCUCCGAAGAAAAGGGCGAGUUCGAUGUCACACAGUCCAAGUAUCGAAUCCCGGAAGAGCUGAAGAGCGGCAAAUCGUCAGAACUAUGGGAAUACAUUGCGGACUGCGUGUACCAGUUUAUCGAAUAUUACCAUGAGGGCUGCACGGCUCUCCCGGAUCUGCCACUGGGUUUUACCUUUUCUUAUCCUGCCACACAGGAUUAUGUUGACCACGGUGUACUUCAAAGAUGGACCAAGGGCUUUGAUAUCGACGGUGUUGAAGGCAAGGAUGUUGUCCCAAUGCUGGAGGAAGCACUGGCUAAGAAGGGUCUCCCCAUUAAAGUUGCGGCUCUGGUAAAUGACACGACGGGCACCCUUAUUGCUUCUGCCUAUACCGACCCGGAAAUGAAAAUCGGCUGUAUCUUCGGCACAGGCGUCAACGCCGCCUACAUGGAAAACGCCGGCUCUAUCCCUAAAAUAGCCCACUACAACUUACCCCCCGACACUCCCGUCGCGAUCAACUGCGAAUACGGCGCCUUCGACAACGAGUAUGUCGUCCUCCCGCGAACCCAAUACGACAUCAUAAUCGACCGCGACUCUCCCCGACCUGGCCAACAAGCCUUCGAAAAAAUGACCGCAGGCCUCUACCUCGGCGAGAUAUUUCGCCUCGUCCUCCUCGACCUCUACGACAACAAGGGCAAGCUCAUCUUUGCCAACCAGGACGUCUCGAAGCUGCGAAAACCCUACUCCCUGGACUCCUCCUUCCUAGCGUUCAUCGAAGAAGACCCCUUCGAGAACCUAUCAGAAACCCGUGAUCUCUUCGAGCGCACCCUAGGAAUCCACGCCAUGCCUUCAGAGCUAGAAUUCUGCAGGCGCCUUGCAGAAUUAAUCGGCACGCGUGCUGCGCGCCUCUCGGCCUGCGGCGUUGCGGCCAUCUGCAAGAAGAAGAAUAUCACCCACUGUCAUGUUGGCGCGGACGGGUCAGUGUUCGAAAAGUACCCUCAUUUUAAAGCCAGAGGCGCCAAGGCGUUGAGGGAGAUUCUGGACUGGCCGGAUGACGUGCCGGAUCGGGUUGUGAUGAGUGGAGCGGAAGAUGGGUCCGGUGUUGGUGCGGCACUUAUAGCGGCAUUGACCCUUGGGAGGGUUAAACAGGGGAAUCUGGUGGGGAUUAGAAAUAAGGAUGCUAUUAAGAAGAUGUGCUGUCAGUGUUGAGAGCGGCUUUUUGAUUGUGUACAAAGUACGGAGUAAAUGGAGAGAGAAAAAAAUACAGAAGAUAGUUACGAAGGCAUCAAUAUAUAAAGAUAUAUAUAUUCAUAUAGACCGACUCUGAUUUAGGAAGUAUGCUACCUAAGUGGGAAGUUAUAACCCAGACCAAUUGGUCUGACAUUAACUUCAUGGACAGAGGUAAGUUAGCAGCGGGUUUGUCUUAAUAUUAGAUUUAUAUUUCCAGUCCGCACGAUCCGCGCUUGCAACCCUGGACUCUCGAAAAACUGUCACAAUGGAACGCCACAUCUCCGAUUUGCGUAUCGCUAGCAACGCUGAGUUAGGGAAUCAAAAAAAUUUCUCCCCCUUCUACACCUAAAUAUCCUUCGAAGAAAUAUAGACCGGAAGCAGCCCUGGGGAAGGAAGCCCCGGACACAAUGGUGGAUCUGAACCUCGGCGACGAGACAUGCAGCAAACCAGACCAUUCCUCCCCUAUUCCGAGUGACACAUGGAGCGCUUAGGCAGAAUUAUUGUAGUCUUGAGGAGGCAAUUGCUGCAUCAAGCAAAGAAUGGCAAUCCAUCCCACUGGUAGUUGAAUUUGUAGCAAUUUUCAUUUUAUUAACUCUAUGAAAGAGUAUCUCCAUCUCUCUUCGUUUCUUUUUUCCAUCCCUGGUAAAUAUAGAGGUGAAUCUUUCGCACCUACCCUUGUAACCCCAUGAUCCCCUUUCGAGGGCCAUACCGUUUUUAAACGACUUAUAUACGGGAGUAUAUAGUACAGAAAAAUGCGAGCCUACCAGAGGGCUAGCCAUGAAUUUCCCACAGCCGAAUUUUUCCCUGCUCGUUCGCGACAGCCAACAUAUCCGAUGUUGGCGCGAUAGCAACUGCCGAAAUGCGCCCAAAGGGGGUGUUGGACGUAGGCCAAUUCUUAUAUACAGUGCAUGACGGGAGAUGAACUGUGUGUAAGCUAUCGUUAGUCAACUGAGACUUCGCAAUAGUCCAUGUACGAAAAGAAACACAUGUGUGAAAAAGAAACGAGGUGGGUAGGGAUAGUUCAGGGGUGUAUUUCAUACUCAGUCUCAACGCAUCCUUCUUCCACCGACUUGCCAUGACAAGCAAUUGCCCAUCCGCCGAGAAGACAAGAUGACUUGUGGGCGUCGUUAGC